CCAUCAUGUAUUGGGAGUUGGUACAUAUGAUCCUAUAUAUAUAGAUACAUGUAGAGAGAGUAUUAUCAGGCAAGAAAGUCAAGCAUGGCUGCUGGGGAAGGAGUGAAGUUGAUAGGGUACUGGGCUAGCCCUUAUGCCCUGAGGGUCGAGUGGGCUCUGAAACUGAAAGGAAUCGAGUACGAGUACGUUGACGAGGAUCUUUCGAACAAGAGUGCCCUCUUGUUGCAGUGCAAUCCCGUGCAUAAAAAGAUUCCCGUGCUCGUGCACGAUGGAAAACCGGUGGCGGAAUCGCUUGUGAUUAUCGAGUACGUCGAUGAGGUGUGGAAGGAGAAAUACCCGCUGCUCCCUCGAGAUCCCUGUGAAAGAGCCAAGGCACGUUUCUGGGCCAAAUUUGCUGAUGAAAAGUGCGCGCCAGCAUUGUUUGCUACAUUCUACAAGCAAGGAGAAGAGCAAGAGAAAUUUGCAAAAGAAACUCAAGAGCAUCUCAAGACUCUAGAGAGUGGACUUGAGGGGAAACCCUUCUUUGGAGGAGAAACCAUAGGCUUUGUGGACAUAUCAGUUGCUUGGAUUGUGGUGUGGGCUCAAAUUACUGGAGAAAUUGUGAACAUAAAGCUGGUAGAUGAAGAGUGCUUGCCUUUGCUUUUUGUUUGGUUCCAACAAGUCCUUGAAAAUCCAAGUAUCAAAGAUUGUUUGCCGCCUAGAGAGAAAUUGUUGGAGCAUAACAGGGGUUUCCACAAGAUGUACGUGUUAAGGGCUGCUUCAACUUGACAAGCCUUUUCUUUUGCCAAGACGAUAGAAUGUUAGUAUGUUAGUUAAGCUAGAUUAUUGUACGAUGUGUCAAUGUUGUUCCAUAUGUUCGAACUCAGGUCAUCCCAUCUCCUAAGUACUUGUACACGACCAAUAUGAGCUAGAAGUCCUGGUCAACUGGACAAAGUUUAUGGCUCUUUUAUGGGUCCUGUUGGUAGUUCCUCAAUACUCCCAGAGUACCACGUGAAACCAUGUGGCAUUGUUCACGUCGUACUCCGGAAAGUCAAAUAGUGGUAAGCUCAUUUUGUGGGACAUGAUGAGACACUUUUAUUACGUGAGUGAAAAAUAAGACGUGACUCAUAUUACAUAUGUUGUAUUUUGUAUUUGUCGGGAGCUCCACGUGACGAUAUCACAUUGUACUCAGGGACUACCUUAUUAUCUUUAAUUUCCUGUAUUAA